AUGCUCGUACGUCAGAAAAUGUCGGGCUCGAAGCGAAUUUCAUUAAGUUCUAUCAAUACUGCAUCUCUUAAUAUCUGUCAAUUUUUAUUCCCCUCAUUCCAUUUGACUUCCUUUUAUUUCAUUUUUUUUCUCUUCCUCUCCAUUUUCUCUCUCCCUCUUUUAAUUCUGAUCUCUCCCCCUCUCUCUCUCGCCAUCUUUACAAUUCCCUUCCUCCCUUUACACACGCUUUACUUUCUCUUUUCAUUCUUCUCUCUAUAUCUCCCUAUACAAAUCUCUCUAUCUCUCCCUUUCAAUCUUUCUUUUCCUCUUGCUCACUUUCUUACUCUCUCCUUUUCAUUUUCUCCCUCUUUGAUACUGUUAUUGUCUAUUUAUUCAAUCUUUCUUCUUUUAAUUGUUUCUUAUAGACAUUUUCUUUUUCCGUCUCUAUUUUAUUCCCACUCAUUAAUAUCGUUUUUAGUUUUAACUCUCUCACUCUCUCUCUCACUCUCUCACUCUCUCUCUCUCUAUUUAUUUAUUUCUCUCUCUCUCUCUCUCUCUCUUUUCUUUCACUCUUUCUUUCUUUUUCUCUUUCUUCCUUUUUGUAGCUUCUUCCUCAUCUUCCUUUUUAUUCUUAUUAUCGAGAACGAGGCUCUCUUUUUCAAACACCCUCUCUCUUCUCUCUUCUCUCCAAAUUCUUUCUUCCAUUUUUUUUUUAUCUCUUUUUCAAAUCCCGUAAUUGAUCGACACUUUAUCUAUCUAUCUAUCUAUCUGUCUGUCUAUCUAUCUAUCUAUCUAUCUCUGUCUCUGUCUGUCUCUCUAUCUAUCUAUCUAAGCCGAAACAACAUAAUUUCGUGGAAAACUGACAAAAAACUGUCUCUGUCUGUCUGUCUAUCUAUCUAUCUAUCUAUCUAUCUAUCUAUCUAUCUGUUUCUACUUUUUUUUCUUUCUAUUAUUCGGUCCUCACCCAGAAAGAAUAACAUAUGCAGCGUACUUCAACAUUCUUACAUUCAAGCGAUGUUCACUAAUUAUUAUUUGAACCUUACCCACUCUGCUCACAUCUAUCUAUCUAUCUAUCUAUCUAUCUAUCUAUCUAUCUCUUCGCCUUUUCAUAUCUAUCUAUCUAUCUCUUCAUCUUUUCAUAUCUAUCUAUCUAUCUAUCUAUCUAUCUAUCUCUUCGUCUUUUCAUAUCUAUCUAUCUCUUCAUCUUUUCAUAUCUAUCUAUCUAUCUAUCUAUCUAUCUAUCUAUCUAUCUCUUCAUCUUUAUCUAUCUAUCUAUCUAUCUAUCUAUCUAUCUCUUCGCCUUUUCAUAUCUAUCUAUUUAUCUAUCAUGCUUUUCUGCCAUCUUUUUUUUUUUUCGUUUUUCAUUAUUUCAUUAGUCUGUCUCUCUCAGCCUCUAUUUUUCAACCUGUUUUUUUAUAUCUAUCAUUAUUUUCAUACUCAUCUCGGUCGAUUCAUAUAUCUAUCUAUCUAUCUAUCUAUCUAUCUAUCUAUCUAUCUAAAUCCAUUAUCUAUCUAUCAUUAUAUUCAUAUUUAUCUCAGUCGCUUCAUAUCUAUCUAUCUAUCUAUCUAUCUAUCUAUCUAUCUAUCUAUCUAUCUGUUUGUUUCUCUCUAUAUCUCAUUCUGUUCAUCUCUCUUUUUAUUUCGGACAGUUUAUCUAUCUAUCUAUCUAUCUAUCUAUCUAUCUGUCUGUCUGUCCGUCUGCUCUGUCCGUCUGUCUGUCACAAAGAUUUAGCUCGUUUCUUUUUACUUCCUUUUCUUUACACUUUUAUCUACUUUUUCUCUCUCCCCCCCUCUCACGCUCUCUCUCUCUCUCUCUCUCUCUCUCUCUCUCUAUCUAUCUAUCUAUCUAUCUAUCUAUCUAUCUAUCUCUUUCCCUAUUCUCUUUUUCUCGCGUUCUCUUAA